AUGCCAGAUCCCGCCUGCUCGCCAUUCGCAUUGAGCUUGAGAAAACAAAGCUCACAAUAUUGCCGGACGAUCGGCAAAUAUCUGAAUUGGGACAUUGAAGCUUACACACUCCCUUGGAUGGCGUUUUGCGCCGGGUUGUCUAUCAACCCGCCACUUUCAAAGCACCUCCGUCACAUGGUUGGCGUGCUGUCAAUGAAACAGCUCGACAUGCUGAAAGAUUAUGCGGAGGUGUAUGACGCAUUCCUCAGUUUGCCGGUUUCGCCAUCCGGGCCAUGGACUAAGGGCCGCCGCGUUCUUGACAACUAUCCGGACGGCCAUGAGGUGAAGGAAUGUGUCACAGCGCAUUGUGCGCAAAUGUUUGAGGGAGACGCCUUAGUCACACCGGCGACACCGGUUCAAGCAAUGUCAACACCGAUUGCUCAACAGCUAGCCACCAUCCGCGCUGAGGCUAGGGAAGAAGGUGAAUAUCUUUUAAAGAUGUUGGAAGACAAGGUUCUAGAGGCGAAGAUGGUGGCAGCCACUAUGCUGAGAUUGGACACGGCAUUAGGGGAUGAUGUACUGCAAGCCAUCACGGCGUCCGACAAACUAGUGAAGUAUUUGAAAAAAGAGGCGACGGAAUAA